UAUCUUGCAAGUCUUACGUUAUCCUUUAAGCCUCCUUUAGCUAACAACAACAUUUUGGUUGGGUUGCAGCGUUUAUUGACGCUUAAUUUCAUUUCUUAUCGGGUCGUUUGGGGGAUUAUUCAUUCAUAUAAAACAAUCUGCAGCUGCUAUCAGCCUAAAGUCUCCCUCCUAUGAGUCAAGUCAUCUAUUAUUGAGCGAAAGGCCGUGUGUGGAAAUGUGUGGAAGACGCUGGAUUUGAAGUAGAAUUGGUUGCAAUCGAUCAAGGGUGAAGAAUAUUGCUGAUGGGAACAAAAGACGCAGCUAUGUCUUUCUCACAGUUUGGAUAUCCUUACAAUGCAACGUCACAGUUUUUCGUGUCGGCAAACCCCAGUACGACUUGCUGCGAUUCGAUUUCCAGGUCUGUCUCUGACGGGACAGGCGCAUCCCAAACGGCUGCAGCCGCGUCCUUCUGCUGCCCCUCCUACGAGAACCGGCUCCUGGCGAGCAGCCGCACGGAGCUCAACACGGCACUAGGCGUCUACAGCUCCCCUUAUGCAGCCGCUGCUGCCGCCAGCCAGAACUAUGCCAACUACUUCCCCUACAGCACCGACCCAUCCGCCAUCUACUCCUCUCUGAAUCCACAGUAUGACAUCAAGGACAGCACAGGCGCAUUACACUCUGGGAUCGCUCAGACGGCUGCUUACUAUCCUUACGACCACUCACUGGGCCAAUAUCAGUACGACAGGUAUGGGACAGUAGAUUUUAACGGGACAGCCAGGAGGAAAAAUGCCACUCGGGAAACGACCAGCACUUUAAAAACAUGGCUUUAUGAGCACCGCAAGAACCCCUAUCCCACUAAAGGAGAGAAGAUCAUGUUAGCCAUCAUCACCAAGAUGACCCUCACACAAGUGUCCACCUGGUUCGCCAACGCCAGGAGGAGACUCAAGAAGGAGAACAAGAUGACGUGGUCUCCUAAGAACAAAGCAGGGGAGGAUAGGAAGGAUGAACUUGAUAAAAACGACCACGACUGUGUAACCAAAGAUACAUCUGAUUGCAAAGAGGAGAAGGACUUGCAGUUAAGUGAUCUGGAUGACAUGGAUGAUGAAGACUGUGACAAACUGGACAGUGACUGUGAGAAGGUGACUGGAGACGGACCUGACCUACAGGCCAUGACCAUCUCUGGGAGCCUCCAAAAACGAGACUGCAGCUCGGAACUACACUUGAGUUUACCUAACACUUUCCACACUGCAUUCCCCUGCCCCAUCAAGAGCUCUCUCCCUCCCCUCACUACUGACUACCCUGAUCCAGUGGUCUCCAGGUCUUCAUCCAGCCCAAUGGGAACUUUGUCGCACUUUGAAUCUCCGGACAAACCCAGGAUCUGGUCUCUGGCACGCACUGCGGCAUUGGGUGUUAUUCUGAGUCCACAGCAGCAGCAGUCUCAGCCGAGCUCGGGGUCAUCCUGCCAGCUCCAGAGCACCAGGCUUCCUGUGUCUCCUGCUGGACAGUGUGCAGGGAUAAGGGGCCUUAAUGAAAACUCAAGUCUUUCCAACUUGGAAAACUCUUUCUCCUCUGAAAGUUCAGUGCUGCACCCAAAAGUAUAUGGAGCUGGGAGCUACAGUCACAAGGGCAUCCAUCUGCACUGUUCAUCCUACCCUGGCCUGGCAGAUACAUAUCCAUACACUUCCACCAUAGAAGGGUUCCCUAGUGGCAAAGCUGAGACACCGUCCCCUGACCUGAGCCAAGCCUGUGCGACCUUAGCAGAUGACAAGGUGACUGCGUUCAGACCUGUGAUGAAGAGGUGAAGCAGAUCAACAUACACCUAUACACUGGGACAUAAUAUGCACUAAAGGAUGUUUUUGGAGCGUCCGCUUGUGAUGUGAUACGGAUAUGGAGUCAUUCAAAGCUGUGGAUCAUUUUGCACAUUUUUUUUUUUUUUUUCCUUCAUCAACUUUAUGCAAAU